AGCUUCUUGGUAAACUAACUUGAGUUGGGUGUAAAAUCUAAACCAGUCGCCUGACCAGUGGACCGACGAGAAUGUUCGCUUCGCUUAGAAAACAAACGUCAACUCAUCUGACCUAACGCGUCGUUCGCGCCGGAUUUUCAUCGGGAAUUUGCGCUGGCUGCGCGAUUUGGUCAAGAAGCAGAAGCAGGUCACGUUUACCAGAUCCCGGACAGAAGUGCCUUCUAUGACGAUGUUUCUACUUGAAGCUGCUCACAUCCCACACUGUAAACAACACUAGCUUAGCCUCCGUCUCGUCCGACCCUAUGUAGUGUCAACACGGCGAAAAGAUCUCAUUUCCUCCGUCUUGCCAAAGCACAAGGAAACGUCACGCUUCAUUCAUUUACAGACCGUCAUUAGAUAUUAUUCCAAGGAGAGUCAUUGCCUUCAAAUAGCAUUAUCCACAUCUCGCAGAAAAAAAGGACAUCAGUGCUGCGAAUGUCCCGGAGCAUGUUCUUAUUGUUGCGUCCAUGUUGUGCACCUGGGACUAAGUGACUGAUGAGCGACUCGGCAGAGAUUGACAGCUUUCCUGGUAGCGGCCAUCUCCAAUGCUAUUGCUACAGGGGCUUUCAAUGUGACAUCUCUUUUUAAAGGCCCCAGCAAGAAAUAAAAACAACAUACUGUACAGGUAGAUUCUGACUGCUCGAAACUAUCCCUGACACCUUUCACCAAAGCGGCCGAAGGUUCAGUUUUGCCAUGGCGUUAAACAUCGCUUCAAUAAGAGACACAAAAUGGCUGACGCUGGAGGUGUGCCGGCAGUUUCAGAGAGGCACGUGCUCGCGUAGCGACGAGGAAUGCAAAUUCGCACAUCCGCCCAAGAGCUGCCAGGUGGAGAAUGGAAGGGUGAUCGCCUGCUUUGACUCACUGAAGGGUCGAUGUUCGCGUGAGAACUGUAAGUAUCUUCACCCGCCAGCCCAUCUGAAGACCCAGCUGGAAAUCAACGGACGCAACAAUCUCAUCCAGCAGAAGACUGCAGCGGCAAUGCUCGCCCAGCAAAUGCAGUUCAUGAUACCCGGCACCACCAUGCAACCAGUGCCUACAUUUUCCGUCAAUCAAGGUCUGGGCUCGAACCAUGGUCUCAGCUACGCACCGUACCUGACUCCUAUGAGUCACAGCAUGGGUCUCGUCCCCACCGAAAUGCUCCCCAGCACCCCUGUGAUCGUCCCGGGUAGCCCACCCGUCAGCAUGCCCAGUUCCUCCUCUACACAGAAACUACUGCGCACAGACAAACUGGAGGUGUGUCGUGAGUUUCAGCGGGGCAACUGCGCUCGCGGCGAGACCGACUGCCGCUUUGCCCAUCCCAGCGACAGCCCCAUGAUCGACACGAGCGACAACACGGUCACCGUGUGCAUGGACUACAUCAAGAGUCGAUGCUCGCGCGAAAAGUGCAAGUACUUCCACCCUCCGGCGCAUCUGCAGGCCAAGAUCAAAGCAGCCCAGCACCAGGCCAACCAGACGGCCGUCGCAGCACACGCGGCCGCUGCAGCUAUGACUCAGUCGACUGCCAAAGCAAUGAAGCGACCCUUCGAGGCAUCUGUAGAUCUGGCGUUUCCUCACGGAGUCCUGCAGCCUCUACCAAAGAGACAAGCGCUGGAGAAAAGUAACGGGGCGAGCACGCUCUUCAACCCCAGCGUCCUGCAUUACCAGCAGGCUCUUGCCAACGCUCAGCUUCAACAACCCACCUUCUUUCCCACAGGGUCAGUUCUGUGCAUGGCUCCUGCUAGCAGCAUUGUACCCAUGAUGUACAGUGCUACGCCUGCUGUCUCUGCAGCUACAACUCCUGCCACAAGUGUCCCCUACGCAACAACAGCACCAGCCAAUCAGAUCAUCUUGAAAUAAGCCACAGAAGAGGAUUGGGGUGUCAGGAAACUGCUUGGAGAAACCCAAAAAGAUCCCACUGUAAAUACAGCCUGCCCUCCCCCUUAGAAGUACAGCAACCUGCAUGCUAAAGAGUAUACCAAUCACCAAUCAACUACACACUGAGAGCUGGUGUGCUAUUUACACACAAAAAACACACACACACACAAUAUGCCUGUUAUGCUCGGAAAAAUAACACAUCCGACUUCUGAAUAGAUUAUAAACAAAAGAUGUAAAAAACGAAGAAUAUAUAUAAAUAUAUAUAUAUAUAUAUAUAGAUACAUGUUAAUGUACAGCACGUUUCAUAGAAGCAUAAGUGAGGAGUCAUUCGACUGAUCAGUCACUUGUCAGAUAAUGUGUAUUUUUUCUCCCAUAUUUGUUGAAAACAAAUGCACAACAUACACCCAAACGGGAGACGAUUAAGAGACAUUUCGUUUGCACUGUUGGAAAUAGUGCUUCUUGAAUCCUUCAGACUAUGUCUUAAACAUCCCGACACACCCUUAAAGCGGGGAAGCGGGAUUGCUUUCAUUUGUAAACAAACAAGAAUGUCACGGCAGACGAAAAGAUGUCUGCGGAUUGAUUGAUCGAUUGAUUGUCCACCGGUCAAAAUGCGCUCCCUCGACCUCAAAGUCGCCAGUUCUCAUUCCUGGACGUCACCUUUCGUCUUCGAAACGGAUCGAUUAACGGAGAGAAACUGCAACGAUUGGAGAAGACGUUAAUAUUUGACUUUUUAUCCCCAAUGGCCAAAGAAAGGUUUACAACGUAAGCGCAAUGGUGUCAGAAGUGAGAAUGUGGCAAACGACGGUGCCAUGAAAACGUUUCUGCGAAGAACUGUGUUUUAUUCCUACUUGAUUUUUAUUUUAUUUUAUUGUUUUAACGGACGGUGAAUGAUUUUGAUGCGUCAGUGGUAACGCUGGCCAUCCGGGAGUCAAGCGUGGCUUCUGUACCGUGCCAAGGGCUUCAUAUUAAACUCGGAGAGCUGCUGUAAUCUCACAAACCGAACAGACUUCUUCAACCAAUCGGAGGCCUGUUCGCCGUACCAUUCACACGGUGCCCAGUAAACGGUGAUGAAUGAAGAGGAGGAGGAGGGGGCGCAGGACCUGAAUGGAGGGCUAACUACGCCCUCACCGGUAAUCCUGUUUUAUUUGAUAAACAGUAGAAGUGCCUAAAAAAUAUAUUUUACACAGCAAGCAUCUUGAAAAGAUUGACUUUAUGUGCGGUCGGAGUAUGGCGAGAAAAGCAAAGCUCCCAAUUUUGAAAAAAAAAAGAAAACAUGCACGUCAUGGGUCUUGUUUCAUUAAAUAUCGUUUUCACACCAAUAGCUUGAAAUAGCUUGACGGCGAGGGCAAGAUUGUUCGUUUUGUUGUGCAACCUUUACCAUGGUUUUUUGAAGUAGUUUACAGAGUUUCAUCAGAACAAGCUAAAUGUCUGUAACGUGAUGUUUGAGUUUGACAAACGAUUGUCGUUGCGAUGUGUUUUAGAUGAACCUUCGAUGUCAAAACAUCUCACAGCGUUCUUUAAUCCAUCAAUUUUUAUUUCAAAUACAUACACCGCUUUCUUAAUCACCCUUAUUUCUGAUUUACGACUGUAUGUGCAUGUUUGAAUGCAUUGGUGUGAGCGCGCGUGUGCAUGCGCUAAUGUAUGUUACCAAUCCAAUCAGAACCAUCAUGUAUUUCAUGGUGCUCGAUUAACACAGACAAUCCACGGAGAUGUUUGGUUUAAAGCAGGAAUAUGGCACUGGUCUUAGCAUUUUGUUUGUUUGUUUGUUUUUACUUCAUCAUUUUCUUAAAAGUUUUGCAAAAGUUACAGUUUUAAUGUAAUUUUUGAAGUGGAAAGUGAUUUAAAUUUAUUUUAUUGUUUCGUUAAAUACUAGUCACAGAACAACGGUGUAACCUAUUUUAAAAUGAAUGUAAUUUAUUAAGCCGCGCUUUGGCUACGUGCGAUGGCGGAAGCUCAGCCAAUCGGGAGCCGCGUCUAAAUCUCAAAUUCGAACACGACAGGACAUCGCAUUGUAGUGUAAGCGAGGCUAUAGAUCUGCUUGUGUUAUGUAAAAACGUUUAUUGUAUAGGUAAUGUUUUACCAAAAAAAUGUAAAAUUUAAAAAAAGGGUAAAAAUAUAUAUACGACAAAAAUCUCAGUAGUAUGAUAGUAAUUUCAUAAUAAUAUUAAGUUGUUGCUGUGGCAACCUUAAAAGUUGCAAAUACUACAUUUUUGGUAUUUUUGUAAAUGAUGUAAUUGUUUUACGUUUUUUUUUUUUUUUUAGAGCACUGUACAAUGUUAGAUUGUAAAGCAAGAACAUUUCCUAUUUUAUGUCAAGAAUAUAUUACCAGGAAAUUUUCGGUAGCAUUUAUCGGCCUCUUUAUUGGUGUAACGUUUAAGAUAAUAGUAGUAAAUACUUAACAGUUACAAUUAGUGUGACGUAACUUAAGUAACAGUCCAAAUAUAUUAUACAAGUAUGAAUAAUUGCCCCAACCCCACCCACUUUUUCUUUUUUAAGAUUGAUGGAUCUCAAGCACUGGUGAUGAUCGGUUUUAUAUUAUUUAUGAAAGUUGUCCUGGUUUGUUCAACAAAUAACGAUUGCACUUUUGAUUUAUUGUAAUUUUUCGGAUGUUCAUUUCAAACGGAUGCACAAUGAAAAUGGUAUGGCGACAAAAAUCGGUAAUGGCUCUUUUAUUUUUUAUUUUUUUUGUUAUACCAGAGAACUAAAUAUUCAGUAAGCAUCUUGCAUGGUAUUUUAUGUCAAAUUAAGAAGUUAUUUUCAAUUUAAUCUAAGAAAAAAAAAACUAUUGAAUGUUUCUAUGUACACUCGAGAACUAAAAACAACUGCACAUUUUGAUGAAAGUAACAUUUUGUCCUUAAUUUGGGAUUUCUUACGGCCCAAAUGAAUAGAAAUGUACAGAAAUGGAGGACAAACACUGUUGACUGAUGGUGAACAAGCACUUUCUAAUCAGUUCUUAUACUGAGCAGACAGCGUAUCCAAACACUUUGCCUUACCUUUAGUCCAUCGUUCUUACGCUUUUGUGUUCUUAAUAUGUACUAGGGUGUCUACAGAACUUACUUCUCACCAUCAUUUAUAAAUAUAAAUAUAUAUAUAUAAAAUACUAUACCUAUGAUAAAGAAGUGUAAGAGUUUUAUUCUUUCUCAACAUUUCCACUGAGAGGCCGAUGAGUUUGAAUGCUUUUUAAAGCUGUUUUCUGGUUGAGACGGCACCUGACGCCCAACUGAAGCGCGCUCAAAGGAUUGUGGGUUAUUACGCUGUGCUGCUUGAUUUCCAUCAGGAAUACAGGAGCCCAUCUACAUAGACACACAUUCACAAAGUUAAUAUGAGAAAAUAUUAUUAAGCGAGCCCUCUUUGGAUAAUAUUAGUUUUCAUGUAACCAUUUUCAAUGUUUUGUUUGUGCAUAUAUAUUAUGUGCUAUUUUAUGUCAUAUAGUCAAAUGUUUUUGGUUCCGGAAAAGUAGUGUAAAAUCUAUUGAGAUGAAACAAAUAAAUAAAAAAAGACUUGGG